UGAACAUUUGGGUCCUAAAGGUCUCACCUUUACGCCCAGAUAUUCGUUUUCUUUGCUCAGAGGUUCGAUUCUGCGUGGAUUACAGCUUCAAUUUGGGAGAGGGAUCGUAAAGAUUAAAACUUUUUGUGUGGGAAUCAGCUAUGCAGAGCCAGCUUGUGUGUAGUGGUUGUAGGAGCAUUCUUCUAUAUCCUAGAGGAGCUUCAAAUGUUUGUUGUGCAUUAUGCAAUACAGUUACCCCAGUCCCUCCUCCUGGUACGGAAAUGGCUCAACUUAUUUGUGGGGGCUGCAGGACAUUGUUAAUGCAUACACGCGGGGCAACAAGUGUGAGAUGCUCCUGCUGUCAUACAGUCAAUCUUGCUCCAGCAGGCAAUCAGUUUGCCCACAUCAACUGUGGGAACUGCCGGACAACGCUUAUGUAUCCAUAUGGGGCUCCUUCAGUUAAAUGCGCAGUCUGUCAGUUUGUUACCAAUGUUGGUAUGGGCAAUGCGAGGGUUCCAAUUCCAGUUCACAGACCCUCUACUUCAGCAUCAAUGCCACAUUCUCAGAGCCAGACUGUUGUCGUUGAGAACCCUAUGUCUGUUGAUGAGAGUGGAAAAUUGGUGAGCAACGUCGUUGUUGGUGUCACAACAGGGAAAAAAUAGUGCACUCGGAUUCUGGAAAUCUACCGCAGCUACUUCUAUUUUGAAUGAAGCAGAUCAAAUCCUUAUCACACAUUACCUGGAAGAUAGACAUCAAAAUUGGUUAUAUAUUUUGUUGGAUAUGUUCAUAAUUUACAACCUUUGUGCGAGAAACUAUGUCCACGUGAGGUGUCAGAUAAUGUAUGAUGCACUAAAAACACCUUAAGUGGAGAGGAUAUUCAUAUCAUUCUUGUGAUUGCUAUAUCACCAUGUGUUGUAGUUGAGUGACGGCAGAUAAAGUAUAUAUGCUUCCGGAUCUAAUUGUCAAACAUUUACUCUGUAUUUAAACAAUUUCUUUUGUUUGAUAUGAA